CAUCAUCAGUGACGUUGAUAUUGACUUUGCAUCUAUAUCAGUGCCUAAUAACACUGAGAUUGAAAAUGUUUUGAUCAAUGCAGUUUCAAACAUAACGACCUUCAACAUUAGCACAGAGUCUGUUAUUGUCAGUGACCCAGUGGUUUUACCUACAACUGUGAGCACUACAACACCAAUGAUGACUACCCCUACAAACGCAACCAUAGCAAAUCUUACAAACACCACACCAGGAACAAAUACAACUACAGUGUCUACAACAGCUUCAACUACACCUGUGAAUGCUACAACACCAAUGAUGACUACCCCUACAAAUGCAACCAUAGCAAAUCUUACAAACACCACACCAGGAACAAAUACAACUACAGUGUCUACAACAGCUUCAACUACACCUGUGAAUGCUACAACACCAAUGAUGACUACCCCUACAAACGCAACCAUAGCAAAUCUUACAAACACCACACCAGGAACAAAUACAACUACAGUGUCUACAACAGCUUCAACUACACCUGUGAAUGCUACAACACCAAUCAUCACUACCCCAACAAACGCAUCCACAGUUACUCCUACAACCACUACAACUGUAACAACUACAACUAUUGAGGCUGUUACAACAAAGCAGUUGCAGUUCAGAGAUGUUGGAGCAACAUUUACACCUGACUUAGAGAACUCAUCAUCUUCAGCAUUUACAGAAAGAGCCAGACAGACAGUGUUAACACUCGAACCUUUCUACAAGACAACAUUUCCUUCAUUCCGCUCAAUGAGAGUGAUCAGAUUCAGAAAUGGAUCCAUCAUCAGUGACGUUAAUAUUGACUUUGCAUCUAUAUCAGUGCCUAAUAACACUGAGAUUGAAAAUGUUUUGAUCAAUGCAGUUUCAAACAUAACGACCUUCAACAUUAGCAAAGAGUCUGUUAUUGUCAGUGACCCAGCGACUCCUACAACCACUUUGACUGCAACAACUACAACUACAGCGACUCCUACAACCACUUUGACUGCAACAACUACAACUACAGCGACUCCUACAACCACUACAACUGCAGCAACUACAACUGCAGCAACUGCAACUACAGCAACUCCCACAACCACUAAAGCUGUAACAACUACAACUGCUGAGCCAGUACAAAAAAAGGCAGUGCAAUUCAGAUCUGUUAAUGGGAUAUUUAUAACUGACUUGCUGACAUCAUCAUCCACAGCUUUUAAAGAACGAGCUUCACUGAUAGAGACAGCACUUAAACCUUUCUACCUGGCCAGAUUUCCUUCAUUCCGCUCCAUCAAUGUGACUGCAUUCAGUAAGGGAUCCAUUAUCAAUAACAUGGACAUUGGAUUUGCAAUGUCACUGGUCCCUAAUGCAAAAGAGAUUGCACAAGUUUUGAUUGAUGCAGCCAAGAUAACACCCUUCGACAUUGAUAUCAGUUCUAUUCUUGUGGACGGCAUAUUGUCACAUGGAGUGAGCCACAAGAUCAGUCUCCUCACUGCUUCCUGUAUGGUGCUGCUGUCAUGGCUCCUGUCAGGCCAGCAAUAACAUCUGCGCUGAUGCUCUUGUGAAAUAACUUGAGGAAAUGUCUCCUGUGACUGGGUAUGAAAAAGGACUUUGUUCCAACUGAAAAUCCACGAGGAGCUUCUGAUGAAGAGCAAUCAUACCAUGAUUUAGAAGUAGCUAAAACUGAAAUUAACCUUUAUGUUAUCUAUCAAUAUAAACUUUAACAUAAUUUCCAACAAAGGUGUCAUUGGUUGUCAAUUUAUAAUGUAAGUCCUGUGAUAAAGUCAUACUGUAAGUUAUUAAUAUCAAUGAGAUCAAGUUUUAAUCCAUGAAGCAUCUCCUCAGCUUCUGACUCUGAGAGUGAAAAAAAAUGAAAGUGAUAAUCAGGAAAUCAUCACCUCACCUGGCAUUCAUGAAAUAUAAGAUGUCUGAAAAUGUCCUCUUUGGUCACCUUUACCAGUCAAUAUUUAAAUAUAUUUCUUGUAUAUAUUGUAUUCUAUUAUUGUAUGUAUUCUGUUUGUAUUGUAUUGGAUAAUUAUGGUAAAAAUUCUAAGUGAUCCUGAUACACACAUUUAAAAUUAUUUAAAGAACUGUCCCUAUAAAAAUAAUAUAAUAUUAAUAUCACCUUUUUCUUUCUGAAGCAGGUUCUUCACAAGUCUAUCAUGAUAAACUAAAGAA